AUGACGAACUAUUCUAUUCUGCCUUCAGACUCGCGGGUUACGUUGUCCACGUCUACUGAGCAGGUUUCUGGUUUAAUUAGCGCUGAUCUCGCGGGGAUCCAGCCCAAGGAGUUGCCGCAGACAUUCGGAGAUCCCAAGGAUCUGGAGUCUGAGGAGGAGGAGGAAGAGGAGGAGGAUGAUGACGAUGAGCAGUUGUUGGAUGAUAUUUACGAGGAGUCGCAGGAUGCGGGCGGUGCUGCGGGCGGUGGUGGUGGUGCCGCUGGUGCCGCCGCUGCGGAGGAGCAGGCGGGGGACUCGAAGACCUGGCGCGGACGUCCGUCGUCGUGUGUGUUUGUUGCUUCGUUGGCGGCUUCUUUAACGGAUGACGAUCUGUGUGUGUCUGUGACGGAGGCUUUCAAGAAGUACGGUGAGCUGUCGAUGGUGAAGGUGUUGAGGGAUCCUUCGAACAGGCCGUAUGCGUUUGUGCAGUACACCAACGACAACGACGCCAAACGGGCGUUGAAGCAGGCGCAGGGAACGUUGUUGAAUGGGCGGACGAUCCGUUGUGAGAAGGCCAAGGUCAACCGUACCUUGUUUAUUUCUACUAGAAACAGAAAAACGCCGGAGGUUACGUCCGACGAGAUCAUCCAGUUGUGUUCCUCCUUUGGAGAGUUGGAGCAGUUGGUUGCCAGUAGAGAAUACGCGUUCAAGAAAAACUAUUACCCUAUUGAUAGAUCAUCGGCUUGGUUUGUGCAGUUUGCGUACCGUGACGACGCCAUCCGGGCCUUUAUUAAUUUGAAGCCCGGUUACGACUGGACUGUUGAGUGGGUGCAGAACAUCGAGGUUCCUAGAAGGUUAAAUCUUUUGAAGAAGGCCAGGUUGAGAAGUGCUGCUUCCGGUGCAGUUAGCAAGUCUGGGCCUGCUGCUGCUCCGGCCGCGACGACCGCGAUGGCUACCGCGCCUGCUGCCACCGCGCCUGUAACUCCGGGCGGUAGUGCUGCAGCAUCUGUACCUGCUGCAACAACAACACACAGUGAAUCUGAAGGGGAAGAGUAUUACGAUGAAGAUGAGGAGGAGGAGGAUGAGGAGGAAGAGGAAGAAACGAUGGACCCGAUUGUUAUUGAUAAGAAAUCCAUAUUUGUAAGUCAGCUGGAUCCAAGCGUUACAAAGGAGAAGUUGACUCAGAGGUUCUCCAAGCAUGGUAAAGUGGAGGAUGUGAAUUUGAUAUUCAAAGACAACAACACCAAGGUGUUUGCAUUUAUCAAAUAUGAAACCGAAGAGGCUACUGCGACCGCUUUGGAAAGGGAAAACCACGCUAGCUUUUUGAACAGAACAAUGCAUGUUCAGUAUAGAGAGGUUGGCGGCCACAGGUCCAGGCGCUUCCGCGGACAAAGAAGAAACACAUACCGCCGCCACAACAUGCACCACAUCCAUGGGCCCAGAUUGAGUCUUGCUCCGCCUCCUAUUAACAUUGGCAGGCGGGCAAGCACGGGUUCGUUCCAGACCUUGCCUUAUUCGCCAUACCAAUACUUCCCGCCAUUGAAAUCCAACAGCAACUUCUUGAAGGACAAGAGGCGCAAGAGUUUUGCCGUCGCCUGUGGAGCUGGUUCUCGUGCAAACGAUGGUGGGGAAGGUUCUGAGUUUGGGUUUAAUUUAGAGACUUCUUCGGAACUUUCUGGCUCUGCCGGUAACGACGACGGGGCAUCCACCUACGCCACGACAAACUACAAUGGCUCCUCUGCAGGUGGACCCCCUAUAAACACCAAGGGCAACCCCAACAGUAAUACUGUUAGAAGAAAGAAUUCCGGCAAAAAGCGUUUCUACAAUAGCCACAGCAACAACGGUAGCAACACAAAUAUGCACAUGCAUGGGUUUGAUCCAUACUACUACCAACCACCAUAUUACUACCCAAUGGAUUACUCCAUUCCACCACCACCACCAGGUUCAAAUCCAAACCAACCAUUUUACUUUUAUUACCCAAUACCACCACCUCCAAACGGUUCUAUGAACGGUAGCAUGCCAAUGAACCCGGUACCAGGCAUGAUGACACCAAUGUUAGACCAACCUUAUAUGCCAAUUGAUAUGAGUCAGGAUCCUUCAAAUGGCAAUGGUAACGAGUUGCCACAAUCUUUGGAUUACUGA